GUCUGAACAAAGAAGAACUGGGUGGGGUGGAUAUGGUAGAGCCAAGAAAAGGAGGACAUUGGGCUAUAAAUAAGACGAGCCUUCUUUGACAUCUCCAUCCCAUUCAUCCUUCAUUGAUUUGCUUGGAUCCUGAGCUUGGUUGCUCCCUGAAGCUAUUCCAAAUGUCUAGGACUAAGCUGGAGCAGUGUGCCGAUGACUACAUUGACAUCUUCCAGGAGUUUGCUCGGCAAUCCAAAGAUAAGGAAACGGACACUCUGAAUAAGACUGAAUUUAAGAACCUGAUCGAACAGCAGAUGCCUUGUUUUCUCAAGCAAGUUCGUGAUCCUCAGGCUCUGAACCAAUUCUUUGCCAAGGUGGAUGCAAACAAAGAUGGGAAGAUUGAUUUCGUGGAAUGCACAAAACUUCUGUCGGAAUUCUUGUUGCUCUGCCAUGAGAAGCUCUUCCAGCAGGAGGGUGGACCCCACGGCCAUCCUCAUUGCCACUGAAAGGCCAGGCUCAACGGUUUGGGCAAAAUAAAUCAAAUCAAAUCAAACCAAACCAGCCUUCCGAAAUACGGAUGUACGCACCUUCCUAGAAUACUCCCACUUGGAAUGGAAUGAUUGAAGCAGCAAAUUGAAAAAAAAAGAAAAUAAAAAUA